AUAUGAAGGCAUACAAGUGUUCAGAUCCAGUGUUCAAAAUGAAGAUCUGAUGUAUAAGAAUGGAAAGCAAUGGCGGCUUACGUUUGGAGGAAAAGGUAUUGAAAUGCAUUUCCAAGGAAUGAAUCCUUCGUGUGAUAAAAGCAUUAUCAAUAGAUUUAGUGGCAAUGGUUUCGACUGUGAAGUCAGAUAUCAGUUGGCAAACAAUAGCCGAAUUGAGACCAACUGUUUCACUGUCGCCACUAAUAUCACUGACAAGACCUCUCAAUACGCGCCCAAAGACAUCAUAUUUCGGGCAUCGAAUACAAGUGACAACCAAUGGGUCGUCAUUUACAACAAGAAAUCGCGAAACAUAUCGUGUUAUUCACCGCAAGAGACGACUCAAAAACUAGUGACCAAUAAAACCAAAUGCAGAGAAUUGAUUGGUAGAAAUCAAACAGUCAUCGAAGCCAUCGACCCAUCGAUUGUGAAGAGUAUCGAUGCAAUCGUUGAGAACCCGUCGGGAAAUGUAAUCCACGGAUACUAUAUAUUCUUCAGACGAGACGGACGGCCAGUCUUUUGCGACAAAUCUAUGUUCGAUCCGAAGAAUAGGUGCAAAGAGGAGACAGACAUAAAGGAGAAGAAGAUUUCACCGAAAGAUACAAAA